AUGGUUGGGCAGUUUACCUCAACUAGAGGAACUCUUGGCAACAUCCCGUGUGAAAUUGGGAGACUGGAGGUGCUUAGAAAGUUGUACUUAGGGUACAAUAAUGGAGGAGUUCCAACAGAAUUUGGAAAUCUUUCAAGACUAGAGAUAUUAAGCAUUAACAGUGCAUCUCUAACCGGAGAUAUUCCAUCUUCAGUCUUCAAUAUUUCUUCCUUGACAAUCCUGACAUUAUCUGCCAAUAGUUUGUCAGGAAGUAUCCCAUCUUUCCAAAAUCUACCAAAGCUUGAGAAGUUAUAUCUUGAUAUUAACAAAUUGACAGAAAAAGUAGAACUCUCUGCUGAUAUAUCACCACCAACUACUGAAUACAGAAGAGUUUCUUACAUAGAACUUGAACAAGGAACAAGUUCAUUUAGUGAAACCAAACUACUUGGAAGAGGUAGCUUUGGUUCUGUAUUCGAAGCAACACUUUCUGAUGGGUUGAAAGUUGCUGUAAAAGUGUUCAACAUGGAACUGCAAGGAGCAACAAGGAGCUUUGAGGCUGAAACUACUAUACUGAGUAGCAUUCGGCACAGAAACUUAGUUCGCAUUGUUGGAUGUUGUUGUAACAAAGAGUUUAAAGCAUUGAUUAUGACAUACGUGCCAAAUGGAAGCUUGGAUAAAUGGUUACAUUCCAACAUGUAUGGUUUGGAUCUUAUACAGAGAUUGAAGAUAGCAAUAGAUGUUGCAGCAGCCUUGGAAUAUCUUCACCAUGGCCAUAAAUUCCCAGUUGUCCAUUGUGAUAUAAAGCCAAGCAAUGUGUUGCUCGAUCAAGAUAUGACUGCUCAUGUUGCUGAUUUUGGUAUUUCCAAGCUUUUCGAUGGAGGAGAAAUGUUCAUCCAAACACAAACAGUGGGAACCAUCGGUUACGCAGGACCAGAGUUGGGAAUCGAAGGAAAAGUAUCAACAAAUGGGGACGUAUUCAGUUUUGGAAUAUUGCUGCUAGAGAUGUUCACUGGUAAAAGGCCAACAGACGAUAUAUUUGGUGAAGAAAGGAGCUUAAAAUGGUGGGUAAGUGAAGCUAUAGAGAAGAAUACAGCAACUGAAUUGGUGGCGCCUGCUCUAUUAUCAUGUGAAGAUCAACAUUACUCUCCAAAGGUGAAAUGCAUGAUAUCAGUGUUUGAAUUGGCAAUGAAAUGUUUAGCUGAUUCAGCCGAUGAAAGAAUCAACUUGAUUGAAGCAGCAACUGCUUUGCACAUGAUCUAUGCUACAAUUGUGGCAGGUACAUUUUAG